AAGAAUGGAUUUACUUUGUUGUUUUAUUGUUAGCUUUAUGUCCCUCAAAAUGCAUAGUCUCUAUUGUAAUCUGCAAGGUGGAUGAACUAUGCCUGUGGAGAUAUGUAGCUUCUGGGACACAGGCUCUCGUGUUUUUUAUAAUCUGUGAAAAAGCUGAUAUGUUUAAUGAACCCCCCCUGCCCCCCCAAUCACAGGCAUACCAUGGGGAUCCUGCCAGAUGAAAGAGGUAGGGGAAGACAUGUACAUUUCUGAGCUUUGUUGCAGAAAAGAAUCUGUCAUCUCUGCCCUAUGGAUCAUGAGGUGAAAAGUAGAUCUGUGAUGAAAUUGUACUGGAACUUUGAGGCAAUCUGGGUGGUGCUUGCAUGACCUUGGACCAACUGCUUCGUCUCUCAGUGCUUCCUUUCUUAGAUGAUGAAAGAUUAUAAUGAUGAUAAUACUUGUCUCUUAACAAGGGUGUUCUGAUGAAUAAAUUAAUUGUUCGUUGUGCUGUUCUCAGUUACUAUGGUAAUUAGUGCUACAGAACAGCCUAAAAAUAAAUAAGAUCAUUUCGUGAAGGAUAUUCAGGGGAAAUCAGGUUGUACAUCCUGAGCAUUUGCAGUAGCCUGAGUGUGUUUUGUCCAAAUGUGAAUUUGUGAGAAACGUUCAGUGAUGCUGAAUUUUUGUAGCAGAAGUUCUUCCAAUUAUCUUUUUGGAAGCGGCUCUAGCACACAUUUCCUUCCAUAUCUGUGGGCACAUGAUUCUUGCAAUUAGUUCUCCUAUUGAGAACAGCACUCCCUUCUCACCCCAUCUCCUUUACAGCCUAAGGGCACCUGAAAUGAAUGAUUCUUUCUUCUUCAUAAAUCAUACAUACUCAGUAAUACUGCCAAAGAAUUGCUAAUGUGUUUGGGGAGUUUACAUAAUGAACCUUUCUCGGUAAAGGUGAAGUAUUGUCGAUGCACUGCCUUGCUGAAAUUCUGUUAUAACCUUGCUGUACGGCAAGUAGACGGCCUAAAUCUGUGUGUAAGUCUGUGCAGUUUUUGAGGCCUUGUAUCAGUGAUCAGUUAACUACAUCAGUAUGCCCCAGAGCCAGCCUUUUAAAAUGUUAUAUGAUGUUUAAUCAUCUGUGAAUUGUAUUGGAUUCCACAGGCAUCACUGAAGUAUAUUUUUGAGAUUUUAAAGUUAAUAUGAUUUUGGGCCCAAGUAAGUUAGGAAGUAUGUCUUAAGGCAGUUCUGAGUCCUUCAGUGAAGGCAUCACCCUUUCAAGGCUGUGGUUUCCAUUCCUUAAUAUCACAGGGGCUGUCCUUACGUAGGAAAAAUAUCAUGAUGCUAGGCAAGGAUUUGCCAUUAAUUACUGUCUUCUCAGACUUUAUGUGCAGCUUUGGGCUUGGAUGUUCAGUGUCUUUCUUUGCACUGGGUUCCCAAAAUAGCUGUCUUUUCUGACCUGGCCAGUUGGGGACCAGUUUGUGGUUAGUGUUUGUGCAGAGCAGACCUGUGCUUUCUUCCUCUCACUGUCACUGUCACAGCUACAGCGACUUUCAUCUGUUCACGUCCCGUGUGCCUCCCCACCUUGUGUUGGGGAGGUGUCACUAGUAAGAGCAGCAAAUGCCCCUUCUGCUUCUUUGGGAGUAGGAAGCUGAUGCCUUGGCAUUCCUGGCCUCCUGCUCACCCAAAGAGCACUUUGGUCAUUGCUGUGGUCUCUGGUGAGGUACUGGCAGAACAGAUAGCGUGACUGACAGGCAGCUGAAAUACUUGCUUUAUUCUUCUGCUCUUGAGUCAUAAAAUUUGAAAACUCAUGGCUUUUGCAGAGAGCAGCCCAAAUCUGCAAGGAGGACCUUUGUGCCAAGUUCUCAGCCACCUACCUGCUUCAGGGGUCAUCAGCUUUGCAGGUUUCUCCCCGGGACUCUGUAAUAUUUUGAAUUCCUCUCCUUGCCAGCCAGCAGCAACCUUGUGGAUACUGGGCAGAUGUACAGAAAGGGAAAGAGAGUGCAGGGCAGGCAGAGAGGCUUCUUUUCAUGGCCUGUCUCUUCUUGCUUCCUUUGCUGCUGCUGCACCUUUCUGAUAUAUGAGUUUUCGAGCUUGGAUUUUCAUUUCCAGUUAGUUAUUAUUUGUGUUACAAGUUAGAUCUCAGCCCUGAAGAACUUCCAGUUGUCAGGUUUGUUCCAGGCAGUCACUACUUGUAGCUGCAGUUGUGUCUGUGUGGUUUCUCUGUUGUAGUCCCCACUGCGUGUUCCACACGAGUGCCCCUGUUCAUACAUACACGUGUGCCAUUGCUUUUGCAGAGACCUGUGGGUAUCCUUGACAGUCUUUUCUGCUUUUUUUCUCUCCUCUUUGCUUCCCUCUGUUAAGAGUCCCUUUGUCCACCUUGAGUGUCACUGUGUGACGAGAGCAAAUGACACAACAGUGGUUUUGGCUGAUACCUGACGUCAGCCAUGCCUUCAUGUGCAGUUCUGGCUGCCUCUCCAUUUUUGUGCUUGAAGCACAGAGAAGAGUCCAGUGUGAGUAAGCUUGGCAUGAGCUGUUCACCUGUGACAGCUCAGUACCUUCAGCUGGUGUGAGGGUGCACUGAGUGCAAACUAAAGAGCCUGAUCUCCUGUCUGAGAUGAAACAUGCCCCUCUUGGCAUAGUUAUUAAAGUGAAGUAGUAGAAGAGUACUGAAAGUGCUCCCAUGGAUUUUUCCUUCUCAGGUACUGAAAGUUUCAAGCCAGAGGUUUUCCUGUGCUCUCUGUAGCUGCUGCCCGGUGCUGUGCUGAGGAAAAGCAGCGUUGGGAAGGCGGGUGCUGACCUGAGGAGAAGUGGUGGGAAGGCCGCUAUCCCUUGCCUACAGGGUGUCAGGGCGAGGGUCACCACAGGGCCUGCUGAGCUUCCCUGUGCCGGUCACCAUGGAGACCUUAUCCCAGGACUCUCUGCUGGAGUGCCAGAUUUGCUUCAACUACUACAGCCCCCGCCGACGGCCCAAGCUGCUGGACUGCAAGCACACCUGCUGCUCCGUGUGCCUGCAGCAGAUGAGGACCAGCCAGAAGGACCUGCGCUGCCCCUGGUGCCGUGGGAUCACCAAGCUGCCUCCGGGCUACUCCGUGUCACAGCUGCCCGAUGACCCCGAGGUGAUCGCCGUCAUCGCGAUCCCCCACACCUCGGAGCACACCCCCGUCUUCAUCAAACUCCCCAGCAAUGGGUGCUACAUGCUGCCCUUGCCUCUCUCCAAGGAGCGGGCGCUGCUGCCGGGAGACAUUGGCUGCCGUCUCCUGCCCGGCAGCCAGCAGAAGUCCCUGACGGUGGUGACGAUCCCCGCGGAGCAGCAGCCGCUGCAGGGCGGCCUUCCCGCCGAGGCGGGGGCGGAGGAGCCGGACCGGAGAGGCGCUGUGAAAAGCUCCACCUGGUCAGGGGUGUGCACUGUGAUCCUGGUGGCCUGCGUCCUGGUCUUCCUCCUGGGCAUCGUCCUCCACAACAUGUCGUGCAUUUCCAAGCGCUUCACGGUGAUCUCCUGCGGCUGAGGCGGCAGGGGCUGGGCUCCCCCGGGGGUCAGGUUGGGUCGGUGGUGGUGGCAUUGAGCGAGACAAUUCCGUGCAGCUUUCCCCAGUGACUGCAGGACGCUGUGCAGCGGGGCAGCGGUGCCCGCCUGGCUGCGGCCCCCGCAGGGGUGGCAUCAGGCCUCUCGGCAGCCUGCGGAGAAAAUCACGUCCCGUGCCUGGCGGCAGUGGCACUGAGGAGGACUGCAUGUGUCACCGCAACCAUUUAUCAAAGGGACUGCAACUUCACAGUGAUCUUUUUUUAUUGUGUUACGAGAUUAAAGACCUCUGUGUAGCUGGUUAUACUGUGAAGCAUACAGUACGGGCUCUUCUUUAAACACAGUAUAUUAAAAUCAAAACUGCUCCACGUAGAAUUAAAUGAGAACUGGCGCACAACUCUACGAGGUGUUCAAUACCAGUCCACACAUGCAUUAUUUUUUAAUGAGGGGAGGGAGGGAGACUCGUAAGACAAAGAAAUCAUUUAGCUGGUAAGGCAUUUUAUAUGUUUUAAAUGGCACAUUAAUUAAACCAAGUUAGGGAGUUGUAUAGUAGUUUCUAAAAAGAAGCAUUUUACAAGCAAUCAUUUCCUUCCUUGGUGUCUGUUUUUUGCUUCUGUUUUUCCCCAUUUCUUUCAACUACAGGGAAGUGAUACUUCCAGCAUCUUUUGUCUGAAGGAGCUUUCAAGAAGGGAUGCAAAGUGGGCUAGAAAGAAUACCUAAAAGUGCAGUCAAAACAGUUCUGCCUAUCCAGGUUUAGAGGAAGGAUGGCUUUGCAUGGUAAACAUUGGACAUGCUGUUUUACCUCCGGUCUGGCUGCAGACUUCCCGAUGACCUGGCUUUCAUAGCCAUUAGUGAAGAAAUGGGUCAUGAGAAGUCCUAGGACUCCUGCAAGGAUGUGAUAACAUAUUUCUCCUAAUUUUUUCUGCAGGUUAGGUUUACUUAAAUGUUUUUGAAGAAUUUAGACCUGUUUUACCUCCCUCUUUCCUAGAAGUUGCAACUGUGCACUAAUGGGUGGUGUGACAGAGGUGUUGCUCUGAGAAAGCUUCACCAUCAAAACUGAGACCAAGGACUUUUGUAUGCAGUCAUCUAGUAAGAGGCAGUGACCUAUCUCAAAGAAUCCAGGCCAGCCUAAUCCCUUACUGUGUGGGCUACCCCUCCUAAACUGCUGUGGCUGUCCUGGUGUCAGAAUGCCUGGGUGAGCGUAAGAGAGCCUCCUCCCAUGUUUCAGUCUUACUAAUGUUGAUGAUUUCAUAAGGACAGAUUUGAAAAACAAACACAGGAAGUGUCUCCCUCCACCUGUGACUGUCAUGAAACCCCAGUCAUUUGCAGUUCACUUCUUGGGAAGAGCCAAAUUCCUAAAUGUUCACUGCAGUAGCAUCUUGCUCUAAGCAUUCCCACCAGCUCUAGUAGUACUGCUCAUAAGUAAAAUCGAGCCCAGUGUGAAUUUGGGUUUUUGGCAAGUCUGACUGCUGAAACUUAAAUGAGAUUUAGGGAUUGGAACAAGGGGCACGUGGCAGACCUUUAAUAAGACAGAAAAAUCUGUUGAUUUGCGCUGCUUCUUUUUUUGAGUACAAGGCAUAACCUCCCUGAAGCGUGUCCUCUUGUUGUCUAUCUACUGCUCUUUCUAAUUCUUGGAGAUUGCUGAAUGCCAUAUUAUAACACAGUUUUGACUAUGCAGUGCCAAAGUUGGCUCCGUAGUCAUCUUUGGUUUUCUGGUUUUGUCACAAAAUCCAGUUGCUGGUUCACAAUAAACAUUCUCAGCUCACACUCUGUCAGGAACAUACCUCUGAGUUCAUGCUGGAUUUCUUUCCUUCCCCAUUUCUAAACCACCAUUUUCUUCCUUGAUUCCUGUUAAUGGAAGAAUAGAAUAUUAGUUGUAAUGAUGUGUGUAUGGUCACAUAUGGAGAGGAACCAUUGUGCUGAUUUUUAUCUACUGUUGUACGUAUGCAUAGCACAGGAAAAGAAAAAAAAUUUUCAGAUAAUCCAUUCAAUGCCUUUUUUGCGCAAGGCCUGUGUGCAGUAUGCCUUGAACUUGGCUUGCAAAUAUUGUAAUUACAUGGACGCCUCUCCGUAGCAUGUUUCAUUUGGUUGCAGUAGGGAGCACCGGGUGUUCCCAAAUGUGUCUUGUGAACGUGCUUGUCUCUUGUUGCCAGUAGCUAGCCAGAUUUCCACUGACAUCCAUGCUAUGCUGCUUAUUGUGUAAAAGAAAGCCAGUUCCUGCCUUUUAUAAGACUCUUGAGGAACUGACCAGACACAGGAUUUGACCCUCUUACUGCCUUAUCCUGUAGCGAUUGCUGGGUGUACCAGAAGCUUGUGGCAUAGGUGGAAGAUGCUCUGAGAACAGUGCUGCUGCAUUUUGCGCCAGCUUCUGCAUUUGUUUAUCUGAGUUAUCAGUGAAUGCACAAAACCACGAGGCAGUCAGGGAGCAGGUCCUGGUGGCACAGUGGUGGUAAUGUUACCUCCUUCCAGCCAUACCUGCCCAACUGAAGCUCUUGAGGCCGAGGAUUCUGACAUUGCCAAGAAAGGCCCUCUUCAUCUCCAUAUGGAGAGUGCAGAAUAAAAGAGGAAUCAGAAAUUAGGUUAAAAUACUACACUGCAUAACACAUUAUACAACAGGCAGACCUGGAGUUUAUCCGGAACUAAUGACGUGUUAUAUUAGCAGAAUACCAUCCUGUACUAUGUAACACAGUACAUUGUUUCGUUAAUAUGAAUUUCCUGUACUUUUGUGCCUGCUGAAAUGCAUGUUUGACCUAAUUUCUGAUCCAGACAUUUGCCUGCUCACAGCCUUGUGUAAGAGCAAUAAGUAAAACCUCAAGAUUUUUGCCUGCGUGUACGCGCAUGGUGUGUAUGUUCAUUCCUUUUUAUAAAUAGGAGUUCUGGAAAAGUUUUUGUUCUGGCUUUAGACUGUGACUAGAAUUUUAAAUUUGAAGCUGUCAUAUAUGUUAGAUCACCUAGCUUUUUUGCUGACUUGUGUAGAAACGAACUAAAUAGUUUGUUGUAAUGUACAGUGUUAAAAUGUUUCUCAAGUAUGUCAGUAGUCAUAAUACUUUAAAAAUGCAGUGCAGUCUGUCUCAUUCCUUGGUUCAAUACCUGGCAUUAAAAAGUGAUACUGCUAAUUUUUUUAUUAUUAUUUAAAAAAAAAACAACCUUGUCUUUGUAAUUUUUCCUUUGUGGAGAAACACAUUUGGACUUGUGCCAAAACCAUCAGGUUCCAGGUUAGCUUUUGUUCUCUGGUGUCCAGUAAGAAGUCACUGCCCCAGUUCCACCAAAAAGAAAGACAGAAGCUUACUGUGACCUAGUACUGUGUGAGAAACCAAAAUUUAUGCUAAAAUGUGUGGGUAGUAAUUUAAGCACCUGCAUUUUUAGAGCACAUUACUCUGUAUGAAUGUGUAUUUACUUGCUUGUUUAAUAGGAAGGAUGUGUGCAUUGGGGUCCAGCUUCAGUUUUUUUCCUGGAUGGUCCCUACUUCCGUUGUUGGCUUGUGCUUUGCUGGCAAACUGACUUUAGGGUUCACUCUGUGAAAUUUUGUUUAGUGAAUUUUAAAAAUUCAAAAUAUCCAAUUUUGGUAUGCAGGAUUUUUUUAGGAAAUUGUGUGUUCAGUGAUUGUUCAUGCUUAACCACGAUGUAAAGGAGCCUGUAUGUUUUGUAAACAUGGAGCAGUCAUGAGUCCAAAGUUUCAUCUUUACUAAUGAAGCUCAUUCUGAAUAAAACACUAGCAGGAAAAGAAUGAUAGCAAGUGAAUUAUGGUUCCUCUGUUAUUUUGCCAUCAAAUGAAGAGUGUGGAAGGGAAUUUGGCAGAAUUGCUCCAUAUUUUAUGAGAGGGUGGCUGAAAUUCAUCACUCAGUGUUUAAAGGCAAUGUGUAAAGUGUGGGUUGUGGUAAAUAGUGAAAGGGCAUUCACGUUUUAAUUAGUAUAGAAUACAGAAUUAUAGCUGGUGGCUACUGAGCCACAAAACUUCUUUUCUGUUUCAAUAAAAUUAAAAAAAUUUCAA